ACACACCUCGCCAGCCCGACCUGUGCUGUCGGCCUCUGUCUCGCAACGGGUAGCUUUUGAAUCCUCCUCCGAUUCUCCCCGAAUCGCCGCCGCCCUGGCGCACCCAAUGCCGGCGCCCUCCCCGCUCCACCUCCUGCUCCUCGCCCCCAUCCUCCUGCUCCUCACCCCGCGCGGGUCCGCCGCGGGGGCGGGGGUCGGGGUGAGCGGCGGGGGCCAGCUGUGGUGCGUGGCCAAGAACAACGCCGAGGACGGCGCGCUGCAGAGCGCCAUCGACUGGGCGUGCAGCGCCGACGGUGGCCGCGCCGACUGCGCCGCCAUCCAGCAGGGCGGCGCCUGCUACGACCCGCCCGACCUCCAGCGCCAUGCCUCCUACGCCUUCGACGACUACUUCCUCCGCGCCGGCGGCGCCGCCAGCCUCGCCGCCUGCGACUUCUCCGGCGCCGCCGCGCUCACCGCGCUGAACCCCAGUUAUGGGAGCUGCGUGUUUCCUUCCAGCACUUCCCCAAAAAAUGGCAGCUUCACAGGAACAACAACCUACGGUUCAAGCAGUACAGAAUUAAGCUACAAUUCUUCGUGGAAACCCAUCCCCUGGUCGUGGCUCUUACAUAUCUCUUUAUCUUUAAUUCUUUUGUUUAUCACACAUUCAUGACAAGUUUUCUGAAACUCUUGUUUGCGAGUACGAUGAACUAUCAUGCUUCUGGAAUAUAAUUGGUUCUCUUUAUUA